AUGCGUCGUCUUGUGCGGCACUACCAAGACCACCCACCCUCGCUUCCUGUCUCGGCUGCGCCGUCCCGACACGCACAUUCAUCAACAUUGAACGAUACAUCGUCGAAGGCUUCUACGGCCGCGCCACCGGCUAAGCCCUCCAACCCCGUGAAGGCCAAAGCACCUACGAAGCCCGUGACAAGAAAGGAAGAGGAGAGCGAUGGAGAGAUACUGGAGGCGCCGCACACAUUCCCCUUCGCAGUGAACAGCUUCGCCGCGCAUCGCUGUACGCGUCAGGCGACCAAGGAUGCGGGCACUAUCUCCGGUCUCAACGUUCUCCGCAUCAUCAACGAGCCGACAGCGGCUGCCAUUGCUUACGGUCUCGACAAGAAGACCGAGGGUGAGCGGAACGUCCGCAUCUUCGACCUCGGUAGAGGCACUUCCGAAGACGUUCCCAAGCACGACGCACACAUGCACCCGGCCAUCUCCGUCGCCCUCAGCGCUGCUUGCGUGUACGACAACAUUCCGCCGCCAAACAUUCAUCCUGGGCGCACGUGCCUCUGCGCACAACGUCCUUCGUAG